AUGGACGCAGAAAGUAAAGCCAAGGUAUGCCUACAACUCGGUCCCACAAGCCCCGAUGAGGACCUGACGAGUUUGCAGAACCUAGAACGGGCGGCCCGUGUGCGCGAGAACCAGCGUAGGAGCCGUGCGCGCCGACAGGAGCAUACUCGAGAGCUCGAGCAGCGCCUGGCAGCCUGCAAAGAUGAAAUCCAGAAGAAAGACAUAGAACAUCGACUGGUGCUGCAGAAAGUGGAAGCCGAGAACCAAUAUCUUAAAAGUCUACUGGGCUCGCUUGGUGUCUCCAAGGAGCUGAUCCAGCAGUACGUCCAAGCUGCUAGCCAAGGCACCGUGGUGGCUCGUAAAGUUGCCAUUCCAUCCAUGCAGCACCCAUCUGGGAGGGUCCCAUCACCGUCAGGCGGUAGCCCGGUCUCUGCUGUGGACCGCAGGGUCUCGGUUCCUGCAUCGCAGCAGGCCUACGGGCCGUCAUCAACGCCACAAUCUUGCAGUUCAGGGUCAACUCCCGCGUCGACCCCACAGCUACCUCCUGCGCUGCCUAUAGCUAAGCCUGAGGAGCCGCCAAAUCCAAGUUUGUGCUGCUGUCCCCCGGGGAAGGGAGACUCAUUGCCGGGAGGAGAAGACGUUCUGAACACUACUCUUUGCGCUAUUGCGGAAGACCUCAUUAACCAGUACAAUGUCCGCGGCAUUGACAUGGAUGCGAUCCGAGAGAGACUUUGGUCUGGGUUUACAUCGGGGACUCCUGGCGACGGUUGCCGUGUGCAGAACAACAUUCUUUUCCAAGUGCUUGAUGAAAUCAGCCACAGUAUUUGA